UCUGACUUUUUCCCCCAUCAGAGAUCUUAAACUGAUGAAAGAUCGCGAGCACCGCGCCCCGCGGAGGACCUGGACCAGCUGAAUCCAGGUCUUGGAAGGUUAACGCAAACGUGCAGAACCGCAGUUAACAUGUUCAGCAUCACUGUGCUCUUGCAUCAUUUUAAAACCCCGGAAAAAUUUCACCUCAUUAAACUAGUUCUCCACCCGCUCCUCUAAACCCCUCAUCGACCGGGAUGGUUUUAAGAGGGGCUCCCAGGCGCUCGGGCGUCCAGACCACGCGUCAUCGCUCCCCCACCCCCAAUCCCGGACGCCCCCAGAUGCUCGAAUUGAGCGCUGUGGCUUUAAGGGGGGAAGCGGCCCUUUCCGUCCGGGACAAAAUGUCUGCGAGGAGCCGGGAGGCGAGGGGCGAGCAUCGCGGCGACGUCCGGACACUGCAGAAGGAAUGAGGAGUGAAGAGCCCCUGGAGACCAUGGAAGACAGCUGGAGUCCUGGUGACAGCGCAGGCCAGGGCGGCCCCUGCCCCGGGCUGGCACCCGCCGCGCCGGGCCACCUGGGGACGCCGUACACGGAGGCCUGGGGCUACUUCCAUCUGGCCCCGGCUCGGCCCGGGCACCCAACUACGACGACAACAGGCACCUGGGCCACCUGCCGGCUGUGCGGGGAGCGGGUGGGCGGCCACCCGGGCUUCCAGGCGUGGACGCGGGCGCUGUGGCGACACCUGAGCGGCGCGCACCUGCGGGAGCUGGAGAAGAGCGGGACCCGGGGCUCACCGCCCGCCGCGCCCUGCCCUCGCCGCCAGCUGCAGGCCGAGCGCCAGGCGCUGAGCGUCUGGCUGCGGGAGCGGAGCCCAGGGCUGGGGGUCCCGGCGCCGCCUUCUCCUCCGCCUCCGCUCCUCAAGGAGGACCCUGACGGGGACGUCCUCGAGGGCGACGACGACGUGAUCACCAAGGUCCUGCUGUAGCGAGGCCGCUCCAUGAGUAAGCCUAAGCACCCCGCGCCAGGCGCCCGGCAGCGCCCCAAGGACUCCUUCCAGGAGCCUGGAUCGGGUGCACGGGAUGGACCGCACUGCAAGGGGAACCGGCUCCAGCAACCUCUGCCUAGUGCCUUAGGGCUGGAGGCUUUUAAAGCCAGAAGGUUCUCUAAACACCAAAGACUCAUCACACCGCCUGCCUAUACGCCUUGCAGGGGAGGGAAGAGGAGGCUUUUUAAUCCAGGAAUCCGGUGUACUCUUUCCUAAUGUUUAAACUUGGCCCAGCACCAAGUCCCCAAACGGGACUUUUUCAUUGACUCCCUGGCUCCCUGCCUUCAGCAUCCACAGAACCCCACAGUGGGCCUCUUUGCCAAUCCCAGAGUUAUCCCUCUUUGCCCCAGUCACCUCACAUGGCCCCCCCCUCCACCCAAGGCCAUGAGCACCUCUUUCCUUAACUCAUCUUUCCCUGGAUGGGACCCAGUGGUAGGUAUAUUCUCCCAUUUCCUGUCUCACCUCUUGCCACCUAACUAGCAAGACAUCAUCUGUCACUAGAAGAGCAGUCCCUUGCCCUACAGGCCCCCAAAGACCUCUCCCUGAACCAAAGGAGAAACCUGAGGCCACGUCACCCCGCCACCUUACAGCAUCAACCCAUCUCAUUCCCUCCCUUUCUUCAGCCUGUUUCCAGCAAUGCCUGCUACCCCUGAAGGUCAAGAAGUCCUUGUUGCCCACACUCACCAUGUCCCAUUCUACUGGUCCCUUCCCAUGCGUCACUGCGGGCUAAGCUACCACCCAAAACCAAAUAUGGUUUUCCACAGCCCUUGUUCUCCCUUUCUGAGGUCCCUUCUUUUGAUGUAGAACAUGCUUUUCUAAAGUGGUUUUUUUGUUUGUUUGUUUGUUUUUUGAGACGGGGUCUUUCUAUGCAGCCCUGGCUGUCCUGGAACUCACUGUGCAGACCAGGCUGGCCUCGAACUCAUAGAGAUCCACCUGCCUUAUCCUGAUCACUGAGACUAAAGGUGUACACAGUUCCCAAAAUGUUUUUACUUGAGUUUUGUACUCAAGUUUUGUUUUUUUUUUUUUUAACUUGAACCAUCUAGGAAAAGUUGAAAGGCUAAUAAAAUGAAUAUAUAUGCAUUCA